UCUGUUAUGGAAACUUGUGUCUUAAUACCUAAAGAAUUCUCUCUGGUUCUCACCAACGAUCAGUCAUCAUGUAAGAAUCUCUUCAAAAAUGACUCGGCUACAUUGGUCACGGAUGUAAGAAUUUCGGUAUGGUCAAAUGUGUUUAUCCCAUCGGGAACUCUGAUUUACCCGUUUCAAGGCUCAAUCAGAUUCGACAAGAUUGAUCUUUACUCUCUCCUUGAUGACAAUGACAUCAGACGCGAAUACGGCUGUUACGACGAGGUCUUCUUCUCCAACUACAAUCUUAACAAGCGUCAGUGCAAUUGGAUAAGGUUUCUUCGUAUCGUUCAAUCGUACGAUGAGCAAGUUAAUCUGAUCGGUACAAAGGUGAAGGGUGAACCUAUAUUCGAAGUAAUAAAGGAUGUUCAACCGGACACGGAACUAGUGGCUUGGUUUCUACCAGUAACACAGCAGGAUUUCGUUAUCAUCUCGCACGACAUGUGCUCCAGAUCGGCUAUCUACAGAUGUACGAUCGACUCUAUCUUAGACGAAUCCCCCUUAGACUUAUCGAUGACGUUACUCGCUCAUCAUUCUCUGCCACCGAUAUCACAUUCCUAUUACGAGGUGGAUGAAUACGAAUCGACAUCCGAGGAAUCCUCAUCGUCAACGUUGUCGUUGGCCAGUGAUCAUCUUGAUUGCAGCAUCUUGACGACGAUUAAGAGAGGGGAGAGAGUUUUAUUGCCCUGCGAAGUCUGUGGCAAAUCCUUCGACCGGCCGUCUCUUCUGAAACGACAUAUGAGAACGCACACAGGAGAGAAACCGCAUGUCUGCAUGGUGUGCAACAAGGGUUUCUCAACCUCGAGCUCGCUGAACACACAUAAACGCAUCCAUAGUGGUGAAAAACCUCAUCAGUGUCUUGUCUGCGGUAAGAAGUUCACAGCCUCGUCGAAUCUCUACUAUCAUCGGAUGACUCAUAUCAAAGAAAAACCACACAAAUGCUCGCAAUGUUCAAAAUCAUUCCCUACACCGGGCGACCUGAAGAGCCACAUGUACGUGCAUAAUGGACUCUGGCCAUUCAGAUGUCACAUUUGCAGCCGCGGCUUCAGUAAACCGACCAACUUGAAGAAUCACAUGCUGCUUCAUCUAGGCAGAUGUUCCAAUAAGAAGUACAUCAAGUCCAUUUCCGAUUUAUGAUUGACAUGAAUAUCAACUCUCGUGAAAGCUUCGACAAAAAGAUUUAAAGAUUAUUGGCCUAUAUACAUGUAAUGUGCCAUUCUUGGUCAAACAAUACACUGUAAUUGUAAAAAAAGACAAUCAUACAUAAGUCACAUUACCUUAUGUUACGACUGAUUUAGAUUACAUUAUGUGAAAGCACACACUUGUCCAAUGAUGUAAAUUUUUCAUGAAAGAUUUUUUUUAGAUAUCCGAUAAUAUUGUAAUGUUAUUAUUAUUUAAUUGCAUAAAUAAUAUAUUAUUUUUUUAAGUGUGGAUACAGCGUUUAUAUCGAAAAAGUUCUUCUUAAACGUAACUUACUUUG